AUUUAACCACAAAUCAAAAUGUCUGAAAGCAAGAAUCUCGAGGCUGGACAGCAACUUGUCAAACAGACCAUGGAUCAGCUGAUGGAACAAAGACAGACAACGGAAAAAGUUAGCAUUCAAGCUAGACAAGAAUUCCGCGAACAUUACCAAGAAAGCUAUGAAGAGGCAUUUGAAGAGGAGACCUUUAUCGAUGAAUUCGGCAAUGAGACUACUAAUCGCGUUGAAUCCAGCAGCGAGAGCAAGGAGCACUCUAAGAGCGCUGACGUUAAAGUCAAAGCGUCCGGACUGAACUCCGAACAAGUUAAGGCUCUCACGGACUGCGCAAACCAAGCAGGACAACUGGCGCUUGACUCCAAGGCUGCAAACUAAAUCAUGUGUCCUUAAUGCGCUGCUUAAUUCGUGCGCUAUGGUGGAAAUUGAGUGAUAAAGACUGUGCCAGUGUUCCUUUUUAUUCUAUUAAUAUGUUUAAAGCAUAAGUUUAAAAGUGCAAUAAAGUCGUUUAAAAGAAAUCAGUAUGGUUUAUUGAAAAGUGUCGUGAACGACGUGCAUGUGUUAAUACUAACGUAGGUAAUAAAGGGUUAUCGUAACGAAAUGGAGGAAGAAGAGAAUGAAAGAAAAAAUCGGCGACCGAAACUGGCGGCAUUCAGCUCGCUAAAUGCUCGCGUCGUACACUCCUCCCUCGAGGAGGGGUUCAUCCGACAGCAGGCUUCGUCGGAGUCCGCAGACGCGAACACGUGCUCAAGUAUAUCAACGGCCCAGUACAGUGACAGAAGUUUUGUGUCGAAAACGAGCACAUUUUCGCGGAGCGGCACUUCGAGUUCCAGCCAGGAGGAAUGCGAGGUGGCGCAAACAACCAUCACUAGCGGACAGUAUUUGGCAGCCGCCAGAGUAGAAACAGCACGUUCUAUGGAAAGUCUCCGUCCAAGUAAAGAUACGUCCCCCGCUCGCCCCUCAAGCUCGUGCACGUCGGUGCGUACCCAUAGGAGUUCAUUUUUGACGGCCAGCGAACGUGAUGUUCGAGAGAGCCGAGGGCUGCCCGCCCGACGAGCCCUGUCUGGAGAAGACAUGGGCAACUCGGCCGAAAAAAGAAGGGGCUUGUUCGCAAAUACUGAACGUCGUGCACUCCAACAACUCAGCUUGCCCCCUCCUGAGCGUAGGCUGACCAUCCUCAGUCCACACAGUCCCAUGACAGUCACAGAACUCCAGUGGCCUACGCCAUCUGGUAUACGAGGAAGGCGAAAGAAAGGAAUGGUGCUGCCAAAACUGAUUCUGCCGCGCAGUGAUUCUGAUGCAUCGGAGGUGUUUUUUGAAAGGUGCCCACUCUUAUUGUUUUAAGUAUCAAGUAUUUUAUAUAUUUAUAUUAUAAACUUAGAAUUAAUCCAACGUAUUCUAGAACUUCAAAUAAAUCUUGCUAGAACAUAUUAUUAGUUUAGAGCGUAUAUUAUAAGAUAUCUAUUCUUUCGUAACACAUGUUUAUUAAUUUACAUCUAAACAAUAUUGUAAUGUUUAACUGCAGAAUAUACAUAAUGUACCUUUCGUUGCGUAUUUUAAAUUUCAACGUUAUACCUUACAUAAAAGCAUUUGGUAAUAAGGAAUAUUUGCCUUCAAACACAAGAACACGACACAAACGGAUGACAAACAUUCGAAACGUAUUUUGAAGGAUUUGCAUUACGCAUAUAUCACGAGAAACAUAACACAAAAUAAAAUUCACAGAAUCAUAAGAAAUAAAUCCAUGAUUCACGAGUUUCCAUCCAUGAUGGACUUGCGUCUACAUUUCUUACAUUUUAUGUUUUUCAGACGAAUUACUUGGAAACUGUCCAAUAUCUUGUGUGGUUCAUUAGAUUAUAUUUUUAAUUAAUACAGUUUGGAUACGAGUAUGAAAUCUGAUUAACAUGUCCGCUAUAUAUAUUUACUCAAAAGUGAAAGUUUCAUACCCAAUUUAAUAUUUGCAUCAAAAAUAAACGUUAUUCUCAUUUGAAAAGAUC